UACUGUAAAAUGAACAAACUUGUCAGUGGUUAUUGUUAUGGUUUUAUGGUCUGUUGUUUAAUAAAGUAAAUCUGAACGAUUAUUCGCGUCUUAUGUCGAGCUCUGUUGAAUCGAAUGUAGAAAACGGGAAAUGAAUUUUAACGUGUCAUAGGUGUGAAUCAAGACUGGAUGAUUGUUCUUAAUGCUCCAAUAUUAACACAGUGUAGAUGCAGCAGCUUUAACGACUUAAAUAUACACCUUUGUUUGCAGGUAGCAUGUUUUUCAGUCCCACUACUACUGUCCUUCCCCAUAACAGUCGGGGUGUUGAUUGGCAGUUACUCUGGACAUAAUGAGCUCUUCGACUUUUGGGGGAGUGGCAUUCGAUGGGUGGAAACUGAAACAAGUAUUGGCACUUUCCUGGAACAUUUCACCAUUGUCUACUGGAUACCUGUGGGCAUCGGUGCCUUCGUCUCGCUGAUCUACACUGCAGGUCACAUCUGGUUUCCACGAUGUGUUAGAAUGGCCACGACAGACAAACUCUUCUUGCGGCCUCUCUACUGUGGAAUUCUUCUAGAACAGUCGAUGAUGAUGAACAGGCGUCGAGACGAAGAUGAACUGGGAGAGCACAAGGUAUUUAAAGAAGAUGACGACGAUGAGAUACAGAGCGAGCUGCUCGACCCGUCCGCGGCCAAGGACAAACUGCGAACAGACUCGACUCCCAUGAUCUUCAUCUGCGCCACCAUGUGGCACGAGACGGAAAACGAGAUGAUACAGAUGCUCAAAUCAGUUUUCAGAAUGGAUUGUGAUCAAAGUGCCAGAAGAACUGCUCAGAUCUUCUUCAACAUCACGGAUCCGGACUAUUACGAGUUUGAAGCACACGUGUUUUUUGACGAUGCUUUCGAAGCUCACGCGCAUGAUGAUUAUGAAUACAAAGUAAACAACUUUGUAAAACAACUUAUCCGUGUUAUGGACAUCGCGGCGAGUGCUGUUCACAACACUGUGAUGAAGAUCCCUCCGCCUGAGAAGAUUCCGACUCCGUACGGAGGACGUCUGGAGUGGAAACUUCCUGGUGGAAACCUUUUCACGGCUCACCUCAAAGAUAAGGCGAAGAUCAGGCACAGGAAGCGAUGGAGUCAGGUGAUGUCCAUGUAUUUUUUUCUGGGGUACCGAUUACUGGCUGAAAAAAUACCCUUGAAUCGAAAACAGAAGCGUGCUGAGAACACAUUCCUGCUGGCUCUUGAUGGUGAUGUGGAUUUCCAGCCUCACGCUGUUCAGAUUCUUGUUGACAGUAUGAAGAAGAACAGAAAUAUUGGUGCUGCGUGUGGGAGGACACACCCUGUCGGUUCAGGUCCGAUGGUCUGGUACCAGAAAUUUGAAUAUGCCGUCGGCCAUUGGCUACAGAAGUCAACAGAAAACACCUUGGGUUGUGUGCUAUGCAGCACUGGGUGUUUCAGCUUGUUCCGCGGUUCCGCGUUGAUGGACGAUAAUGUCAUGAAGAGAUACACCACACCCCCAUCAGAGGCGCGACACUAUGUUCAAUACGAUCAAGGUGAAGAUAGGUGGCUGUGCACUCUUCUGCUUCAACAAGGCUACCGAGUGGAGUACUGCGCAGCCUCAGACUCGUUCACGUUCGCCCCCGAGGGAUUCUUCGAGUUCUUCAACCAGCGCAGACGAUGGACUCCGUCAACAAUGGCCAACAUCCUCGACCUGAUCCAGGAUUGGCGACAGACGACCAAGAAAAACGAGGACAUUUCCAUCAUGUACAUGUUCUACCAGCUCUUCCUGUUCUGUUCCUCGGUCGUAACGCCAGGAACAAUCUUCAUGCUGAUAGUGGGCGCCUUUAACAGUGUCUACCAUUUCGACAUCACGGUCGCCUUCGUCGUUAAUCUCAUACCAGUCGCCAUCUUCGUUCUGCUGUGCUUCAAGGCACCCAGCAACGUACAUCUUGGGUAUGCAGCUCUACUGUCCAUUAUAUAUGCACUUGUGAUGUUGGUCGUAUUGGUUGGACUGAUCAAGCAGAUCGCAGAGAACGGAUUUUGCUCUGUGACGACCGUAUUCGUGAUUACUCUUGCUGGGAUAUUCGUGAUUUCGGCAAUUCUUCACCCUCAGGAAUUCGGCUGCCUGUUUCAUGGCGUUCUGUAUUUCCUGUCCAUCCCAUCAAUGUCCAUGCUGCUGAUGAUUUACUCCGUCACCAACUUACAGAUUGUCUCUUGGGGAACACGGGAAUUCAAGACAGCAGCGCCCCCUGACUAUCACGAGGAGCAAGCUACAACGGUUUCCGUUGAGAAGAACAUGCUUCAUAAACUGAUGGCCAAUUUCACAAAUAGUGAACAUAUCAAUUCAGAGUAUGUGUUUUCGUUUGGAAACCUCUUCGGGUGCAUCUGCUGUCCAAGCCAAGAGGUCAAGGAGAAAACCAUGAAAUUCAAUACCAUACUAGAGCGUGUUGUUGUUCUAGAAAAUCGGAUGACGGAACAAGUAUGUGGUGUGAACAGUCUGUAUUCUGUUAGUGACCUACCAUGUGACUCAGAACCAAAUAACCCACUGGAAGUUCUACCUUUCUCCCAGAAUGAAAAUUCCUUUGGAGGAGUCGUGAAAAGAGAGAAUCCACUUUACAAAGAGGAAAAACAAAUUCCACGUGAUGAACUGCGAAACCCAUUCUGGAUUACUGAUGAAGAUCUUGCAAAAGGCAACAUUAAGGUGAACCAUCCUGAGGAAAAUGAAUUUUGGGAGGAUCUAAUUAGUACAUACCUCUUUCCUCUUCAAGACGAUAAGGAAAACGAGAAGAGAACAAACAAAAAGCUGACUGAACUCAGAAACACUGUUUGUCUGGUAUUUGUGAUAAUCAACGCACUGUUCAUCAUUUUGUUGUUUGCAUUAGAGACCAUUUCGGAACAAACCGGUAAUAUAUCUUUUAGGAUGCCAUGUAACAUUGAGGGACUAAAAGGUGAAAAGGUUCAACCAAUUGUCUUAGCGUUUACACUUGUGUUUGGUAUACCAAUUGUACUACAGUUCGUGGCAAUGCUUUUCCACAGAUAUUCCACGUUUCUGCACAUUGCAGCAAGUACCGAACUGAAGCUGAAGCGGGAGGUCAUCGGUGGUAGCAAAGAACAGAAGCCAAGUGUUGACGAAACCAUUCAGCUUGUCCAUGAUAUGCAGGCCAUCCGAGAUGAUGACGAAAUGUCCAUUGCUUCUGACUACAACAUUGAACCUGAUUAUUCUGACGUCGAUGAUGAAGGUGGACUUAAAUCCACACAAGGAAACGAACUGUGGGCAAACUUUAGAGGUAGACGUAAGGGAUUACAGCCUCACCGAACGUUAAACCGUGCUUUUAUGAAAAAUUUUAACCGACUGGUGUCAGAAAUUAAAGACGAUGAUGCGGAAGAGAACGACAAGGAGGCGAUCCACCUUAAUGCACAGAGGAAAUUCAGGAGAUUUGAGAAGAGAUCUGUGCAUACGAUUGUCAAGAUGUCCCAGGCGGACAAAGAAUAUAAGCAGAGCGUAGUCAAACAUGCACACAAAUGGAAUGAGGCCGUUAAGAAACUUGGCAUCAAGGGACAACUGAAAUCCACGAAUCAGCUGAAUUCGUUCCAAGACGUUGUGAGAGCUGCCAUGAUCAAACAAGGACGUACCAAAUUGGGAGUACGACCAGGUAUGUCCCAGCAGAACACGCCAAUUCCAGAUCGUAGGAAUGCCAAGGAUACACGGUCUAGCUCGUCUGAUCCUUUCAAUGAAAGAGUGCAACCCAAGAAGCCUUCAACACCAUCAGCUUGGGGCAGACUGCUAGAAGCCAGACCUAACAUCCCAAUUUCCAAAUUUGAGACGAUGGUGAAGCAGAAGGAAGAUAAUCAGGCUGCUAGUUCGACGGAAGAGAUAUCAGAUGAAGAAGCAUUGAAAGAAUGGUAACUACAAUGUGAAUCUAAUCAGUAGAGUGAAUGUUCUCGAGGAUAUAUUGGCUUUCAAUGAAUUGGUAGCCAAUGUGAAUGAUUCCCAUAAACACAAACACAAACACAUACCCACAUGUGCACGCAUGCACACACACACACACACACACACACACACACACACACACACACACACACAUACGCGCAUACAUGAAUAUUCUACAGAAAGAACAUUGACUAAUGUGGCUGACUUUGAAACAUGAGUGAGAAAUUACCAUGAUUUAUGCAACUGCAACAAAAAUAAAUCGAUGCGAAUGUUGGACUCAUCUAGGUGUAUGAUGAGAUGUUGAUUAAUUUGGAAUAACAAAAUGAUUGUGCAAAAGUUUAUUAUGGAAUAAAUAUAUUAAAAUGGAAUAUUUAUCAGUUUUAGACGAAUCAUUAUAUAAACUUUAGGCCAAUAGUUUUUUUGGGGUUUUUUUAAUGUUUAUUGCCCCAGAAAAACAAUAGAUAAUGUCAGGGUUGGGGCCUCGAAUCUUACCGUACAUACCAAUUAUACACAUAAUAUGCCAUGGAGCAAGGAGAGAAAGGGAUGGAAGAAACCUGAAAUAAGUAUUUCCUCCAAACCAGCAACGUUGUAAAACAGACAACCAUAGUCUUUUUUGUAUAAGAAAAGACUGGGCCCAUAUUUUCGAAGCCAUCUUAGCCCUACGAAAUCAUAAACAAAUCGUAGGGUAUGACGUCACUACAGCACACGCCAUAGUGACGUCAUAGCUUACGAUGAUUUUACGAUUUCGUAGGCUAAGAUUGCUCCGAAAAUACGGGCCCUGGUCGUUUAAAUAUUUUCCAAAAAUCUUAACCAACAUUCCCAGUUUUCGUCGAAUUCUUUAUGUAAACAAUUCUUGUAAUACAUAUGUUUUUCUAAUAAUAGCUUAUCUUUGAUAUAAUGUUUGAAUCCAGUUUACUGAGUGUGUUGUUCUGUAAAUUCGUUUUGUAUAUAUAAUAGUUUACAUUUAUAAUUAACCAAUUUAUGAAAUUG